CAGAGCCAGUCCUGGGCAAAGCACGGCCGAGACUCCCUCUGCUGCCGCAGACCUCGAUGAAAGCAAAGCCCAGCAGCAGCCAAGCCGCCAGCAUGUCGACCUCCUUGAGGGUGAGCCCUUCCGUCCACGGCUAUCGCUUCGACACGGCCUCGCGGAAGCAAGCAGCGGCCAACAUCUUCGAGAGCCUGGACCAAGAGUCGCUCCAGAAACUUUUUAAAAACUCUGGCGACAAGAAAGCAGAGGAAAGGGCCAAAAUCAUCCUUGCCACAGACCAAGAUUUGGAGGAGAAAGCCCGGGCGCUGAUGGCUUUGAAGCAGAGGACAAGGGACAAACUCUUCCAGUUCCUGAAGUUUGGGAAACACUCCAUUAAAGUCCACUGAAGGCUUCAUCAAAGGCAGGAAUGAACCGAAAAGAAUAUACAACUCUUCAGCCAGAUCCAUCCUUUUCGCAUCACAGUUUCUCCAGCCACUCCGAAACUGACCAGGUGUCAAGCUGGAAAAGACGGUCAUGGAUCUCAUUUUGCACGCCUCGGUGUUAACAGCAAAAAGCUUGCUCGGAGGACUCAAAACUUGCACACUGUAAAAAGCAAGAGAACAAAAGGAGCCAGCCCGUGAGCGAGACUGAGCAGUCCCCCAGUCGCAGGAAUGAAGUGGGGACAGCCACAAAGUCAGACUCAACUUUUCCCAGCCUGCUUGGGCCAGCGAGAGAUGAGAUCAUUUCUCUUCUUAACUUACUGUUUGACAAUCUUUCCUGACACUUGUUUAUUGAAUGUGUAAAGCCUUUCCUAAGUAUCACAGUUGUCUGCUGGAAUGGAAGGGAUUAGAAAGGGAUCAGCGACUGUCUGUUUGCAUUAGUUUGAAAUGCACGGAAUGCACACCAUCCAGGUGUGGAAUCCCCACAAUGCAUCAGGGGAUGAACUUUCUUUUGAAGCCUCGUGAAAGUGAUCCUUGAUGACUGUUACGCAGCAGAAAUGGAUCAUUGAACUAGUUGCACAAACUUUAUUUUUUUGGGGGGAAACCCUGAUUGAACUGUGAAAGCUUCACUAGGAUAUUAGUUCCCAUAGCAAUCAAUACCAUUUUUUUUUUGGCCACAGUUACAAUCCUUGUAAUGAAUUUAACAAGGCAACUAGCUAUUUUAUGUUUAUGAUGAUGCUGUAGUUAUACUGGCAUUAAUUUAUUAAUAUGCUAAUCUAUACGGCAAAUAAAUUAUAAGGGUGGCAUAAA